AUUUGUGGUAGCAACGGCACGCAUGGCACUGUCACGAGAACAACGCGUUAGCCGUUGGUAUUUUGGUGGUACCGCUUCGGCUGGUGCUGCAAUGUGCACCCAUCCACUUGAUUUACUGAAGCAUGGUAAACUUGGUAUUGUUGAAAUGACAAUGAAAAUUAUACGUAACGAUGGCAUUCGAGGUCUUUACAAUGGUAUUUCUGCUUCGUUGCUACGACAGAUGACAUAUUCAUUGACUCGAUUUGGAAUGUAUGAGCAAUUGAAGAAACAAUUUCCUGGAGAUGCAACAACUAUUCCAUUCUAUCAGAAAGCCUUAAUGGCCGGUUUAAGUGGUGCAUGUGGCGGUUACAUUGGUACACCGGGCGAUAUGCUACCACCAGCCGAGAGACGUAAUUACAAGCAUGCCAUUGAUGGUGUAUUUCGAGUGGCACGUGAAGAGGGUUUAACGAAACUAUUCAACGGUGCUGCAAUGGCCACCUCAAGGGCAAUUUUUAUGACCAUUGGACAGUUGUCGUUCUAUGAUCAGAUCAAGCAAAUAGCAAUCGCCACCGGAUAUUUCAAAGAUACUCCCACAACACAUUUCACCUCCUCAUUCGCCGCGGCUUCAAUAGCAACAGUAAUGACACAACCGUUGGAUGUAAUGAAAACACGAAUGAUGAAUGCGAAACCGGGCCAGUUCAACGGUAUCAUGUCUUGUUUUGUGUAUACAGCGAAAACAGGUCCACUUGGCUUUUUCAAGGGUUUCAUACCAGCAUGGGUGCGAUUGGCACCGCAGACGAUUCUCACGUUUAUUUUCCUGGAACAGCUCCGUCUAAACUUUGGUUAUCAUCGAACACCACCAACCAAAUAAAU